AUGGACGUGCCAGAACCCCCUGCAGGCGCCAACGUCGUCACCGCCGUCAAGCAGUACGAGCGCUUGUACCAAGGCUACCUAGACCGCUUGACUCCCUUCACCUUCCAACGCUGGGGCGGUUCCGUCGGCCUGUUCCUCCUCUUCACCCUCCGCAUACUCUACGUUCAAGCGUACUACAUCGUCGCCUAUGCUCUCGGCAUAUACCUCCUCAACCUCUUCCUCGCCUUCAUCACCCCCAAAUUCGACCCCGCCCUCGCAGCAGAUAUGGCAGAGACCGAGGCGGAAGAGGGUGCGCCUGGUUUGCCGACGAGUCAGGGAGACUUGCAGGAGGAUGGCGAGAUGAGGCCGUUCAUUCGGCGGUUGCCCGAGUUCAAGUUCUGGCACAGCGCGACACGAGCCAUCGCCUUCUCCCUCAUUGCCUCGUUCAUCCCGCUCUUCGACGUCCCCGUCUUCUGGCCCAUCCUCGUCAUGUACUUUUGCCUUCUCACAUUCAUCACUAUGCGGAGGCAGAUCGCGCACAUGCGCAAGUACAAAUACCUGCCGUUCGACAUCGGCAAGAAGCCUACCUACGGGCACUGA